AUGGCGGCCGGCAUGGCGUGGCUGCCACCCUCCCCCCGCUGGCUGCUGCUGCGCGCCCAGCAGCAGCACCACCACCGGGAGACGCGCGGGCAAGAGGGGGAGGAUGGGCAGGAUGGGCAGGCGGGGGCCAGGGGCGAGGAGGCCCGGAGGCGGGCAGUGGAGGCGGUGAGGCGGCUGAGGGGGGGCGCGUGUGGGGAGGGGGAGGCGCGGAGGGAGGUGCAAGGCAUGGUGGAGGCCAUGGGGGAGGGGGGGGGCAAGGGGGGUGCAAGUGGGUGGGGCGAGCUGGUGGCAGGGGCGAGUGGGCGCGCGCUGGUGAUUGCCUGUGGGCUCGUGUUCUUCCAGCAGGUGGGCUCGUCACAUUCCCACAGGGGUUUCAUGCCCGUGUGCCAGCCAACCUUCAUCGUCACAGGGCAGCCCAGCGUGCUCUACUAUGCAGGCUCCAUCCUCCAGGAUGCGGGCUUCUCGGCUGCCACUGAUGCCACCCGGGUGUCGGUGCUGCUGGGUCUCUUCAAGCUGGGCAUGACGGGCGUGGCCAUCGCCACUGUGGACCGCUGGGGCCGCCGCCCUCUGCUGCUCGCUGGCGUCUCCGGCCUCGUGGCGAGCCUGGUGCUGCUGGGGUGGACGUACAGCAGCCUCAGCGGCGUGCCCGCCCUCAGUGUGCUCGCCCUGCUGCUCUUCGUCGGCUGCUACCAGGUGUCGUUUGGCCCCAUAGCAUGGCUAAUGGUGUCGGAGGUGUUUCCUCUGCCGGUGCGGGGCCGAGCGCAGAGCAUCGCCACGCUCCUCAACUUUGCCUCCAACGCCCUCGUCACCUUCGCCCUGCCGCCCAUUCAAGGCGCGUUGGGGCAAGCAGGCACGUUCUACUCGUUUGCCACCAUCGGUGCUGGAGCCCUCCUCUUCAUCUACCUGUGGGUGCCCGAGACCAGAGGGCUCCAGCUGGAGGAGAUCGAAGCAAAGCUAGUCGCCGGCAAGAUAUGA